AUAGGAUUUGUCACUACUCUUUUUUUAAAGAGAUUAAUGUCUUAUGGGGCCCACUGAUAAGUCAUGACUGAGGAAACUGCAUGGCCAUGCUGAGAUGCUUUUAUGACGUCUGUUCCUAUUAGUCAGACUUGAUAAAUCAGUGAAUGACUUAAUGGAUACAAGCUGGAUUUUAUUAAUCCCUUGCAUUAAGUUUAGACAUUGAGACAAAGGGAUACAGUUACACGGAGUCUGAGUCGUGGAAAGGAGAAUGAGAAAAUCGAUGAGAUGUUUGAAGGAUUCUCCAAAAUCGUCAACGAUCUCCAUGCUCUCAAGAAGACGUACACGGACAAGGAGCUUGUGAGAAAAAUCCUGCGAAGUCUCACACCGGAGUGGCGGUCCAAAGCCGAUGCCAUCCAAGAGUCCAUUGGUGUCACCAACGUCACCAUUGACGGGCUUAGAGGCGGUCAAAGAAAGCGUUCCCGCACCGGCAAGAACGUUGCUUCCUCUUCGGCUCCUCCACCAUCAACGCACAAAUACCUUGACGGGUCGUUUCUUUGGUUCAACGACCGCGAAGUGGCUACAAGGUUCUCGGAGAAGUUUGAGCAUCGGGAAAUUCUCCCUCCCCGAUUCUCCACCGCCCGCUUCAUUCAUGACUCCAUUCCAUGUGAGGCACGGGUUAUCCUUGAACGUGGAAACUUCCUCGAUCUCCUCUACAUCAAGAAGGUCAAUUAUCAACCUUUUCUUGUUCGAGCUUUCUAUUCGAACUUGAAAAAGGAUGAGGACGGAUCGUUGAUUUCAAACGUCAACGGGGUGGAUAUUUAUUUGAAUGAAGAGAACAUUCAAAUCCUCACCGGGCUUCGUCGGGACGGACAGGAUCUCGGGCUCUACACCGGAGAAGAGGGGGCGCGGUUCAAUGAGACCGCUCUCUUGGAGGAAGUGGGCAUCCGUCACUUCGUACCCACUCCCCAACAGCGGCGCCCUACGAUUUCUUCCAUGAGUCCCGUAUAUCGUUUCAUCUUCUAUGUGUUGACACGGAUCCUCAAGCCCAGGAAGUUCAACCACACCAAUCUCUCCCAAGAAGACACGAAGACGAUCCAUGCGAUGAUUCACAACGCCAAUCUCAAUUGGUGUAAAUUUGUGAUGACUCACAUGUUCACGGCCACCUCCGACAAUCGGCCGCUCCCCUAUGCCCUCCUUGUCAUGGCAAUUCUUGAAGAAUACAACAUCAAAACCGAUGUUGGGCCAAAGGUAAAGGGGACAAAGCACUGGGAGAUUGAUGAGUCUUCUUUCCACUCGGGCACCGACGAGACUCCGUUUCGACAGCCUCGUCCACGCCGCCAACCGAGAGCCACUGCCUCAGCCGCCACCACAUCGACCAAUCCUUCUCUCGCCGAGCAAAUGGCAGCCUUAACCGCCACUCUCUCUCGGAUUGACACCAACGUCUCCAAAACGGCGCACAACGUCAAUACCUUGAGCCGUGAACUUCACGGGUAUUUUGACUUUGUCAAUUACCCUCUUCCCUCCAAAGUUAUCGCAGACGGAUACAUGAUCCGUGCAUUCAACUGAACAAUAUUUUUUUAGAAUAUGCCACAGCUCAUUGGUGGGGCCAUCUUGAAUCUUGCAUUAUUACUCCCAACCACUUUGUCCUCAUACCCAAUUAUUGGUAGGGAGCAGCCCAAAUAAAAUAAAGUGGCCUUUUAUUCUACUCCAUUGAAGUAAUUCAAAAAAUAGGUAUCAUAAUUUUGGGAUCCUGCACUCUUUAGUGGGGUGGGCCCUUGGGAAUGAUCUCUUCCACUUUUUUUCUUUGUCUGAUUGCUCAUGGAGUAUUGUGAAUGAAAUAUGCCCACCCAACCAUUUAACAUUAUUGGGCCUCCACCAAGUGCAUUUGGAUGAGUUCAUUGUGCACAUCACAUUAUUUUUUCAAAUUUUCCUUGUAGUUUAACUUUCCAUGUUAUGUGAGCUCAGCCACUAUCUCUCAAUCAAGUCUCUUCGUUUCUGGUAGCAGCAUUUGUGGAGGAAUAGUGGCAGCGGUGAAAACUAAUUUCGCCAAGUAACAAUAAUUGGUUCUCCCUGCGGCCAAGGCUAGAGCGACGGAGGACAGAGGGUCGGGUUUCAACUUUAGGGGCGACAAUGGCGGACGUCACUAGUGGUGGCGACAUAUUUUGACUAGAAUUCCCUAAUGGCCGCUGCAGACAUUUUCUAUGGGGGGAAGGAGAUUGACAUUGGACGAUGGAUUUAGGCCAUGGCUGCAAUCGGUCGGCAGGCAUAGCCCAUCUCCGUAGUGCUUACAGAUCACCUCGGUGAUGGUGAGUCCCGAAGUCGUGGCGGUGGUAGGCGUAAGCAACCAUCGAAGACGACGGUGCUUCCCGACAGUAGUAGUGGCCUUCAACAGUAAGGCUGAGCAGCGACAUCGAUAAUGACUAGCUCUUUCGGUGACGAUGGCUGAUUUCAUCGCCCCUGUGGUGGAUAUCAGCUAUGGCGGUAGCAAUGAAAUCGAGCUGCAGUUGGAUGUUUUAUUGGCAGCUAGAUUCCAUGGCGAUGUCAUAACAACAUUAGCUUCAGCAAUGAUGGUGGGGAUCUCAAAGUGGCAAGAGCGGUGAUUGACUUUGCCUGAUGUAAUGGGUUACGUCAGUGGCAAUGAUAGUGGAUUCCCCCCAACAACGAACAAUUCUAGAAAGUAGUUUUGUGAAAUUGUGGCAGCAUGGCGGCCUUCUUUUUCAACACGGCAGUGAUCGGCAGACCCUCCAAACUAAUGGCAGGUCUAAGCCGUGCCUACGAUGGAUUCUAACAAUGAGAAGUAGAAUCGGCAAAUGUUGGCGGCAGCAAGGUGAGCCCCCACGGAGCCCGUGUUCUUCCCCCACCUAAGGACAUACUCAUAAUUUUCGUGGAUUUUAGAUCAAGCGUCCCACAGGUGGCGCCAAAAUGAUGGUGUAAAUUAUCGACCGGUAUAUCGUUUUAGCCUGGAAAAAACGAUAAACUAGUCUAAAAAUACACCAAAAUAUAAAAAAACAAGGAUUUUGACUUGCAAACCCAAAUCGAGAGAAAAACCACGGGCCUUUUUUGGGCAGUACCUUGCCAACGAGGGAUUUUUAUUAAUAUCGGGGGUUGUACACGGUACAUGAUUUGGGCUCGAAAGCCAUUAAUGGAAGCUUAAAAGCUUAUUGAAGAACAAAAAUACAAGAAUUCU